AAACCACCUUUCCUGACCAUAUUAUUAUAAGUGCUAGCUUUCCCACAUAAAGUCUGGAUAUAACCCAUCUGAGGAUCGAGGCUCUUCAAGGAGCUCUCUGAAGAUGAGUUUAAUGGCGGACCUCCAUAUUGUAAGUGACAAGAAUCUGUGCUUCCAGUCACCGACUUUCAUCGAGUGGCUCAAGCCUUCCCCCUCUUCUUCUUCCUCUUCCUCUUCCUCUUCUUCUUCUUCUUCAUAUUCUUUUUCCGAGAAUUCAAAAGAUUUCGUUCAGGAGACGAUGCAGUGUUUGCCUCUUCUAAGCAGGUUUGCUGUGACGAAGACGUUGAAGGAGGAAGAAGAUAUGGGACUGAGAAAAGAGAAUUCAGCGAAUAUCAAAGAAGAGAAGGUUAAUGAGAAAGUUACUGUAGCCUUGCACAUUGGUUUGCCUAACUGGGGGGAUUCAAAUCAUGCAGAUCAGAAGAAAAAUUAUGAUCUUCAACUUAAGAAAGAAGAUGAUCAUCAAGCAGCAAAGAAAAGCUUUUACGGAUGUUCUUUUAACGCAGAGAGUAGGUUUUGGAUACCAACUCCUGCACAGAUCCUUGUUGGGCCGAUGCAGUUUGCUUGCUCCAUUUGCAGCAAGACCUUCAAUAGGUACAAUAACAUGCAGAUGCACAUGUGGGGGCACGGAUCUGAGUUCAGAAAAGGACCAGAUUCACUUAAAGGAACACAACCAGCAGCUAUGCUGCGGCUACCUUGCUAUUGUUGUGCUCUAGGCUGCAAGAACAACAUCAAUCAUCCGAGAGCAAAGCCACUCAAGGACUUCAGAACACUUCAGACACACUACAAAAGGAAGCAUGGAGCAAAGCCAUUUAUGUGUAGAAAAUGUGGGAAAUCAUUUGCAGUCAAAGGAGAUUGGAGGACACAUGAAAAGAACUGUGGAAAGUUGUGGUAUUGCACCUGUGGAUCUGACUUUAAACACAAGAGAUCACUGAAAGAUCACAUCAGAUCCUUUGGAAAGGGGCAUUAUCCCCACCCUUCUCUUGAGGGUUUUGAAGAUGACAAGGAAUGCAUCACCGGUUCUGAGGAUGAAUUUGCAGCUCCCUGACCUUAAUAAUUAGAUGUGUUCUCUUCCUCUCUACGUACGUACGUACUUUGUUUCGAUCGUGCUUGUCUAAGCUUGUGCUCAGUAACAAACAAUUCUCUCAACAAAUUGCCCAGCAGGCAAAUGUACUAGGGAGCGGUUUGUUACGGAGCAUUUGCUGGCCGAUGGGCUUAUCUUUAUAUAUAUAUAUAUAUAUAUUUCAACUCUCAAGACAGUUUGGAUUGUUGUCAUGUAUGUUAAUAAGCAGAUUGCCUGAGGGGAUGAAGUAGAUGAAUUUUCUUUUCCUAGCAGCAGUAACACAGUUGGCAUUCCAGUGUUCGAGAUUAUGUCAACUCUUCUAAGGGGAAAAUUUGUCAGCUUCAUUGCUAACUGGUCAUCUAUAUAAAAGGAUUUUGAUUGUUGUUGUCAUCUUU